GAUUUACCAACGAUGCUGGUUAGUAUUCAAGAAAGCUUCAAGCAAAGGCCCGAAAAGACUGGAGAAAUUUUCCGAUGAACGUGCUGCGUAUUUUAGGUGCUAUCAUAAGGUUACGGAACUCAACAAUGUGAAGAACGUUGCGCGAUUGCCGAAGAGCACCAAGAAACAUGCCAUAGGGAUUUAUUUCAAUGAUGAUACCUCUAAGACCUUUGCUUGUGAAUCAGAUCUUGAGGCUGAUGAAUGGUGCAAAGUACUCCAGAUGGAGUGCAUAGGGACGCGGAUCAAUGACAUCAGCCUCGGAGAGCCUGACUUACUGGCCACUGGUGUGGAGAGAGAACAGAGUGAGAGAUUCAAUGUGUAUUUGAUGCCAUCUCCUAACUUAGAUGUACAUGGCGAAUGUGCCUUGCAGAUUACAUAUGAGCACAUCUGUCUUUGGGACAUCCAGAAUCCCAGAGUUAAACUCAUCUCGUGGCCGCUAAGCGCCCUGCGGCGGUAUGGACGUGAUGCCACGUGGUUCACGUUUGAGGCAGGGAGGAUGUGUGAGACUGGUGAAGGGCUGUUUAUCUUUCAAACACGAGACGGGGAGGCCAUCUAUCAGAAAGUCCACUCUGCUGCCCUGGCCAUAGCCGAGCAGCAUGAUCGCUUGCUGCAGAGCAUGAAGAAUUCAAUGCUCCAGAUGAAGAUGAGUGAGCGGGCCGCCUCACUCAGCACCAUGGUGCCCCUGCCCCGCAGCGCCUACUGGCAACACAUUACCCGGCAGCACAGCACGGGCCAGCUCUACCGCCUGCAAGAUGUCACCAGCCCUUUGAAGCUUCAUCGGACAGAGACUUUUCCUGCCUACCGAUCUGAGCACUGACAGUAAAUGCCAGGAGUUAUUAACAUGCUUGGGAUGAUUCAGCCACCAACCUACCCAGGAGGUCGCAGAAUGACAGCGAGGGAAGAGAUGGAGAAAAAAGCUUCAAGUCCUCAGUGGUUGUGUGGUUAUUGGGAAACUCUGCAAUACAAUGUUUGUGGUUUUGUUUUUUUGGGUUUUUUUCUUUCUCUUUUUCUUCCCUUUUUUAAAGAAACCUUAGUGUAAUUGAAACAUGCUCUAUAGAUAUUGAUUUUUUUGUUGUUGUUAUUGUUCCCUCUUUGACAGCUGGACAGAAAGGGGUCAAUGCCACAAAAUGAUUUUCUAUUGUAUAUACGGUGUCCCUUGUGCUUCUCUGAAUCUGUCCUUUUGUGGGUUCUUGUGAUUUUCCUUCUGAGUGUUUCAAUUCUAUGACAUUAGUACUGACAGAAAACGGCUCUUAAUUGUUUAUUUGUU